UUAUUUUCUCUGGGGUUCUUUGAAAAAGCUCGCUGGCGCUGGGUUCGUGGCUGCGGCCGGUGACGUCAGUGUGGCAGUGCGGAGCCCGGCGCCGCGGCUCCCUAUAAGCCGAGGAGCUGUCCGGGUGCUGAAACGGCCCGAGCCGCUGUCCUGGAGGACCCGAGGCACCUGCCCUAGACCUUCUCUGCCGUGUAAGAAAAGAGGAAAUCUUUCAAACAUGGCAGAAGCUAAGACCUACCAGCUUGGAGCAGCCCUACUUCUUAUCCCUUUAAUUUUCCUCGUAUCUGGGGCUGAAGCAGCUUCAUUUCAGCGAAACCAGUUGCUUCAAAGAGAACCAGACCCAAGAUCGGAAAAUGUCCAAAAGCUUCCCAAUCCUGACAUGAUCAAGGCUUUGGAGUAUAUAGAAAAGCUCCGACAACAAGCCCAUAAGGAAGAAAGCAGCCCCGACUACAAUCCCUACCAAGGUCUCUCUGUUCCCCUUCAGCAGAAAGAAAGUGGUGAUGACAGUCACUUGCCAGAAAGUUCAAGGGAUUCACUGAGUGAAGAUGACUGGAUGAGGAUAAUACUUGAAGCUUUGAGACAGGCUGAAAAUGAGCCCCAGUCUGCACUGAAAGAAAACAAGCCCUAUGCCUUGAAUUUGAUGGAUAUGAGUGACGAUUAUGAGGCACAGCAGUGGCCAGAGAGAAAGCUCAAGCACAUGCAAUUCCCUCUUAUGUAUGAAGACAAUUCCAGGGACAACCCCUUUAAACGCACAAAUGAAAUAGUGGAGGAACAAUACACUCCUCAAAGUCUGGCUACACUGGAAUCUGUCUUCCAAGAGCUGGGAAAGCUGGCAGGACCAAACAGCCAGAAGCGUGAGAAGGUUGACGAGGAGCAAAAACUUUACACUGACGACGAAGAUGAUGUCUACAAGGCCAAUAACAUCGCCUAUGAAGAUGUGGUUGGGGGAGAAGACUGGAACCCAGUGGAGGAGAAAAUAGAGAGUCAAACCCAGGAAGAGGUGAGAGACAGCAAAGAGAAUAUAGAAAAAAAUGAACAAAUCACUGAUGAAAUGAAACGUUCGGGGCAACUGGCUCUCCAGGAUGAAGAUCUCCAGAAAGAGAGCAAAGACCAACUUUCAGAUGAUGUCUCCAAAGUUGUUGCCUAUUUGAAAAGGUUAGUGAAAGCUGUGGGAAGUGGGAGGUCACUGAAUGGGCUAAAUGGGGACAGGGCAACCAGGCUUUUCGAGAAACCACUUGAUUCUCAGUCUAUUUAUCAGCUGAUAGAAAUCUCAAGGAAUUUACAGAUACCCCCUGAAGAUCUAAUUGACAUGCUCAAAACUGGGGAGAAGCCAAGUGCAUCAGCAGAACCAGAGCAGGAGCUUGACCUUCCGGUUGACCUAGAUGACAUCUCAGAGGCUGACUUAGAUCAUCCAGACCUGUUCCAAAAUAAAGUGCUCUCCAAGAGUGGCUACCCCAAAACAGCUGGUCGUGCUGGGCCAGAGGCCCUACCAGAUGGACUCAGUGUUGAGGACAUUUUAAAUCUUUUAGGGAUGGAGGGUGCAGCAAAUCAGAAACCUCCAUAUUUCCCCAAUCCAUACAACCGAGAGAAGGUUCUGCCAAGACUUCCCUAUGGCCCAGGAAAAUCUAGAGGAAACCAGCUUCCCAAAGCCACCUGGAUGUCAGAUGUUGAAAACAAACCAAUGGUGUAUGAAAACCUGAAUGACAAGGAUCAAGAAUUGGGAGAGUACUUGGCCAGGAUGCUAGUAAAAUAUCCUGAGAUCAUGAAUUCAAACCAGGUGAAGCGUGCUCCCGGUCAAGGUUCGUCUGAAGAUGACCUACCGGAAGAAGACCAAGUUGAGAAAACCAUCCAAGAGGCUUCUAAUCAAGGCAGCUCUCAGGAGACUGACAAGCUGGCCCCGGUUAGCAAGAGGCUUCCUGUGGGGCCUCCAAAGAAUGACGGCAGCCCCAACAGACAGUACCUGGAUGAAGAUCUGCUGAUGAAAGUGCUGGAAUACCUCAACCAAGAAAAGGCGGAAAAGGGAAAAGAGCAUCUUGCAAAGAGAGCAAUGGAAAACAUGUAAGCAGCUUUCACUGAUCGCCUGACUCUCCGUCCUCCCACCCCAAGCAACCCCCAGCAUUUCUCUUAGUGUAUUGACUUCUCUGCUGUUAACACUGUACUAUCUUUCACUGAUGUACAGGCAGAUGCACCAGGAGACUGGGGAGUCUGCUUCACUUCCUCUGAGCUGUUCUCUUGUGUAUGGAUGUGUGUAAAUGUUAUGACUCCUGGAUAAAAAAUCCAUUAUGUUCAUUACUUAAGAAAGAUAUCUAUGAUAGUGUUUAAUAGUGUAUCUAAAUGGCUGUGGCAUUGCUGAUGCUUACAUGUGAUAAAGAGUGUCCUAUAAUUCUCUUGAAAGUUUUUAAUAUUUAUUGAAUUAUUUUGUUACUGUCUGUAGUGUUUAGUGGAGUACUGGAGCAGAAAAAUAAUAAAGCAUUAUAAUUAUAUAGUUUUAUUUAUAAGGCCUUUUCUAUUGUGUGCUUUAUUGUUGAUUAAUAAAUGUUAUUUCUGG